AUGAACCGUUUGUGGUGCUCGCUCUCCCAGACGCUCCGCCGCUGCAGAGCUCCGGGCGCGCCGCUGCGCCUGCUUGACUGGUGGUGUUCUUCUGCCUCCCGCGUCACGCCCGCUCUACUCCGUCGUUGUCCGCCGUCGACUGUGUCGCGGCCGCUUCGUCGGCAGUACCGUUGGUACGACGACCCUCGGAAGGCCAUGACGGCGACGGCGAUCGGCUUGAGCGCCGCGGUCAUGGCCGCCUGCCAGGUCGUGCCCGGCACCAACCGCUCCCACCUGGUCGUCCUCUCCGCCCAGAAGGAGCGCGACCUUGGCGAGUCCCAUUUCGCCGAGUUGAAGCACAUCUACAGGCACAGGACGGUCGACCCACACCAUCCGGAUAGCGUCCGCCUCCGUCUCAUCGCCGACAGAAUCAUCCACGCGGCCAACCGCUGCCUCGGCAUCUACGACAGCCGUGACGCCCCCUUGCUCAGCGUCACCCGGAAAGGGAAGAAGAAGCCGUGGGCACGGCAGCCGCACACGAGGCACCUCCAUGGGCUCGACACCUGGGAGCUGGUCCUUGUCAGUGAUGGUAGGAUCGGAGCCACGUCCUCGCCCGGUGGCAGGAUUUUAGUCUUCACCGGCCUGCUCGACUUGCUUAAGACCGACGGCGAGAUCGCCUUCUGCAUUGCACACGAGGUGAGGUUCCUACCGCAGGGUUUCAGGGCUGAGAUAGAAGCAGAUCGGAUUGGAAUCUUGCUGCUCGCUGCUGCUGGUUUUCAUCCAGACCAUGCCCUUGCAUUCGCUAAGAAGGCAGCUACAGUUGUACCAAAGUAUUCUGUACUGAAACAGAUGCUAGAAAUUACUCAUCCCCACCCUGAAGACAGACUGGCGCGUUUAUCAGAGGCUAAGACCAUGGAGGAAGCGCUUGAACUGUACAGAGAAGCUACUGCCAGGGAUAAAGUAACUGAAAAAUAUUUCAGUAACCCAACCAUGUAA